AUGCUCCACCUCCCGACCCUCGAAGCUCACGGUCUCCAGGACGACGGCUACCCUCCUCCUCAGCCCGCACCCAAGCUUCCGCCUGCACCCAAGCUUCCGUACGUGGGAAGGUUUCCCUCAGCGCCAGAUGGGCCGUCCUAUCCUGCCCCGGGUUCGUUGAUGCGGCCCACACCCGACGCCUCCUCGCACCAUCAUGCGCCAGCCACCCAACCGCUCACCCCUCCGCCCGAGCCCACGUCGAGAGAGUGCAACCCCAACCCCAACUCAUCGGACUGCUCUACGUUUUCUCCCCUCCCUGGGCUCGGCUCCCUCCCUACCCGAACUACGUCCAUUCCCCAGCCCGAGUCCCUGCCAUCGUUCCGGGCGUUCGAGCCUGCCGUCCCCGUCAAAGACUACGCGUUUGGGCUCGAGACAAUCCACGAAGCGCAUGUGCUCGAUUUCGCAAAGCGCCGCGAAUCCGUUGAAUCGGUCGAUUCGAUUGUGGACAUGUACGGGGACGUGUCGAUGCAGUCUGCGUCGGCGUGGGGUUCCUUGUCCGAGUCCGAGUCCGAGUCCGAGUCCGAGUCCGAGUCCGAGUUCGAGUCAGACGCAGACGCAGACCUGACAGAGGGUACUUCGGCGCUCCAAGCGAGCCAGCUCCUACCUCGCGCGAGCUCGUUGGGGGCCAUGAACUCGGGUGCCUCCUCCUGGGUUUGGGUUCCGAUCGCGCGUGUCGACCACACCCGCUCCCCGAACGAACUGCGGGGACCACGGGGUACUGGCGUUCUACCCCACCCAGGCGGACUUUGA